UUCCCAGCAGCCCCCGCGGCAGACACGUCACUGGCGUCCUUCAGCGCGGGUUCAAGAUGGCGUCCGCCACUCGCAUCAUCCAGUUGCUCCGGAAUUGGGCUUCCGGGCAAAACCUGCAGGCGAAGCUACAGCUGCGCUACCAGGAGAUCGCCAAGCGGACUCAGCCGCCUCCCAAGCUCCCUGUGGGCCCCAGCCACAAGCUCGCCAACAAUUACUACUGCACUCGCGAUGGCCGCCGGGACUCCACUCCCCCCUCCAUCAUCAUGUCCUCCCAGAAGGCGCUGGUGUCGGGCAAGACAGCGGAGAGCUCACCCGCCGCAGCCGCUGAGAAGAAGGCGGUGACACCAGCUCCUCCCAUGAAGAGGUGGGAGCUGUCCCAGGACCAGCCGUACCUGUGACUCUCUGCCUGGGGACCUGGCCGUGCCCUCAGGGCCUCCUGGCUGCUGUGCCUCCGUGGAUUCCCUCUGGAGAGGACUCAACCUAAUUUAUGAUAAAUAUAACAAAACGUCGGAGUCAC